AGAAUGUUCAGUCUUAUUCGCCUAGCUAUUCACACUGCUGUCAUACAUAGUAUAUGCCUUCUCCAUUGAAUCUGAAUAGAUUUACUGCGGAUUGCUAUGCCCGUAUUGCCAGCAUGACGGUCUCGUAUAACCUGGAUGUGUCAUCAGUCACCACUUUCUCCUUCUUCAAAUUAUUAUUUCGAUGGCGAGGAUCUAUUUGGAAGUCUGUAACAACAGAGCUGAGUAUAUGGGUAUUCUGCUAUUAUAUUAUUUUCUGUAUAUAUCGAUUUGCGCUGGAUAAAGAAUCUCAAAGAGUUUUUGAGAAUAUUGCUGCACACUGUGACAAGAAGCUCGACUACAUUCCGUUGACGUUUAUGCUAGGUUUUUUCGUCACUGUUAUAAUCGAUCGUUGGAAAAACAUUUUCAAUAAUAUGGGAUGGAUUGAGAACAUUGCUCUGACGAUUUCAUGCUUGAUAAGAGGCGAUACUAAAGAUGUAGUUCUUACUCGUCGUACAAUAGUCAGAUAUCUCGUACUUUCUCAGGUGCUGGUAUUUCGUGAUAUAUCAAUGAGAGUGAGAAGACGAUUUCCUAAUAUGGAAUCUAUCGUUACUGCAGGCUUUCUACACGAGGACGAGAAAAACGAUCUGGAGAAGAUCCAUAUAGUGUACAACAAAUACUGGGCACCAAUAAACUGGGCCCUUACCCUUUGUUUUCGAAUGCAUACGGAAGGGCAUAUCGCUGCUGUUCCAUCUCUCAAUGCCUGUAUCACUGAGAUAAAAGCAUUUCGUACAAGUCUUUCGCUUUUGUGUAACUUCGACUGGGUACCAGUGCCGAUUGCUUAUCCACAGGUCGUUUUUCUCGCUGUUCGAGUUUACUUCAUGAUAUGUCUCGUGUCACGACAGUACAUAAUAGGAGAACAUGCUACCAACAAAAGUGUGAUCGACCUCUACGUACCAUUUAUGACCAUUUUACAAUUCAUCUUUUUCGUUGGCUGGAUGAAAGUAGCCGAAGCGCUUCUCAAUCCGCUUGGUGAAGACGAUGAUGAUUUCGAGUGCAAUUUCUUGAUUGACAAAAACAUCGCUACUGGUCUAUCUAUUGUUGAUGAGACUUACGAUUAUUGUCCACCAGUUCUUCCCGAUCGCUUUAUGGAUCCCAACUAUCACCCAGUGUAUUCAGAAGAAAGUCAAAAGCAUGGCCAUGACAAUGUGCUCCAGGGAUCAGCCGAAGGAAUCACAUUGGCUGAUUCUAACGAGAACGUGAAAAUGGUCUCCGUCAGCGUGGCAGGUUCACAGAAUGAUCUUCGUGAGACUCCUAGCGAACCUCGCUCUCGAACUACCGGAGUAAAGAGGAAACUUAGCCAGGCCCUUCGACUUGGACAACCGCGAUCCUACUCGGUGCAACCAGUGCGACUUGGUCCAGCUACUCCCAUCACUAAUAAUAAAACACCUAACCGUUUUUUCACUCCCUUCGAGUUAUCGAAUGGAUUUGAGCCAUCAAAGAUUAUCCCACCCGAGGCACUGGAAAAAGUAGAUGAAGAGGAUUCAAUACACUCUGGGCAACAGCCACAAAAGAUCAGCAGGAUAAGGAGCACCAUAGAAAGCGUAAACGAGACAGAAAUCCCAUCGAUCAUUCGAAAAGAUUUGGGAUUGGGAGAUGAAAAAGAAGCUGAUUCUGGCGACGAAUAGCAAGUAUUAGGACAACGAUCUUAGCUGAGAUUCGAUGCUGCAAUAUAAUUACGGCUCACCGAUUUCUCUGAUCCUUCACUAUUGGAGAACUAUUCGAAGACUUCUGAUGUGUCAUCUUUAUUUUGCGACGAUGUGCGACAACAGAUUUUGUAAAAUAUUCACUUUUCAAAACAACUUCUUAGAAUAAGGUUAUUUGACUUCGCGUAAUUUAUUUUCACUUAUGUUCGGGUACACAACUGAUGCCUCUUUGUUCAACACUUGUAUUGAUUUUAUUGAUGUAUUUCUUGAUCUUGCCUAUUAUGUUCUAAACGAGCCCAAUCUCUAAACAUAGUAAAUCUCAUCCAGACUUUUCAUUGUAUUUCUUAUUAUAGCAAAUUCCCAACUCAAUCAAUUCCGCAAUUAUUUUGUAUGUACAAAUCAUAAAUCAACUUCAAUAAAACUUAUUGUUGGUCAAGCGACCUCCAACAUAG